GCGCGGUGGCGCUGCCGCUGCGGCCGCGGGAGGAGGAGGAGAGCGGGGGUACGGCAGGAGGAAGAUGCCGGGGAAGCUGAAGGUCAAGAUCGUGGCGGGGCGCCAUUUGCCGGUGAUGGACCGCGCCAGCGACCUGACCGACGCCUUCGUGGAGGUGAAAUUUGGAAAUACAACAUUUAAGACAGACGUGUAUCCCAAAUCACUUAAUCCUCAGUGGAAUUCUGAGUGGUUCAAAUUUGAAGUGGAUGAUGAGGAGCUGCAGGACGAGCCUCUGCAGAUCACAGUCCUUGACCACGAUACGUACAGUGCCAACGAUGCCAUUGGCAAGGUGUACAUAGACAUCGACCCUCUGCUCUACAGUGAGGCUGCCACGGUUAUUUCAGGGUGGUUUCCAAUUUAUGACACCAUUCAUGGUAUACGUGGGGAGAUCAACGUGGUGGUGAAAGUAGAUCUCUUCAAUGAUUUAAACAGAUUUAGGCAGUCAUCCUGUGGCGUCAAAUUUUUUUGCACCACGUCCAUCCCCAAGUGCUACCGGGCCGUGGUGAUCCACGGCUUCGUGGAGGAGCUGGUGGUGAACGAGGACCCCGAGUACCAGUGGAUCGACCGCAUCCGCACGCCCCGCGCCUCCAACGAGGCCCGCCAGAGGCUCAUCUCACUCAUGUCAGGUGAAUUGCAAAGGAAGAUUGGCUUGAAGGUGCUUGAAAUGAGAGGAAAUGCUGUUGUUGGUUAUUUGCAGUGUUUUGAUUUGGAGGGAGAGUCUGGACUCGUAGUGAGAGCCAUAGGAACAGCCUGCACGUUGGAUAAAUUAAGUAACACAUCAGCAUUUUUACCUGCAUGUAACUCCCCAUCCAAAGAAAUGAAGGAGAUUCCUUUCAAUGAAGAUCCCAAUCCCAAUACAUAUUCAUCAGGACCCUCCACCCCUCUGAAAAACCAAACCUAUUCCUUUUCACCUUCCAAGUCCUACAGUCGACAGUCCUCUUCUUCUGACACAGAUUUGAGUUUGACACCCAAAACUGGAAUGGGCAGUGGGAGUGCUGGAAAAGAAGGGGGGCCAUUUAAAACUCUUUUAAGACAACAGACUCAGUCAGCUCUGGAACAAAGGGAAUUCCCCUUUUUCACCCUGACCACCUUCCCACCCGGCUUCCUGGUCCACGUCGGGGGCGUCGUCAGCGCGCGCUCGGUGAAGCUCCUGGAUCGCAUCCACAACCCCGAUGAACCCGAGACACGAGAUGCCUGGUGGGCAGAAAUCAGACAAGAAAUAAAAUCCCAUGCCAAGGCAUUGGGUUGUCAUGCUGUAGUGGGCUACAGUGAAUCAACCAGCAUUUGUGAAGAGGUCUGUAUUUUGUCCGCAUCUGGCACAGCAGCUGUACUGAACCCUAGGUUCCUUCAGGAUGGCACCAUGGAAGGCUGUUUGGAACAAAGGUUGUCAUGGCAGCCUGGCUUCUUUUCCAUAGGGUCAGAGAAGGGAGAGGUUGAUUUUUUUCCUCAGAGCCAAGAUAGUUCUUCUCUAUUAGGGAUUGAAGAAGCUUCACCACCAGGUUGUGGAUUUUGCCAUAUCCCAUAUGAUGAGUUGAACAUGCCAUUUCCUGCUCACCUCACUUACUGUUACAACUGCAGGAAGCAAAAAGUUCCUGAUGUCCUUUUCACCACAAUUGACCUUCCUGUGGAGGCAAUAGUUGUUGGGAAGGGAUGUCUUAUUCAAGCCAGGCUGUGCCGGCUGAAGAAGAAAGCUCAGGCUGAGGCAAAUGCCACCUCCAUCAGCAACCUCCUGCCCUUCAUGGAGUAUGAGGUGCACACACAGCUGAUGAACAAACUCAAGCUGAGGGGAAUGAAUGCCCUCUUUGGGCUGAGAAUCCAGAUCACCGUGGGGGAAAACAUGCUGAUGGGCUUGGCAUCUGCAACAGGGGUGUAUUUAGCAGCUCUGCCAACACCUGGAGGUAUUCAGAUUGCUGGGAAGACACCAAAUGAUGGCACCUAUGAGCAGCACAUAUCCCAUAUGCAAAAGAAAAUAAAUGAUACAAUAGCAAAGAACAAGGAACUUUAUGAGAUUAAUCCUCCAGAGUUACCUGAAGAAAUUAUUGGGUCUCCCAUUCCAGAGCCAAGACAGCGUUCCAGGCUGUUGAGAUCUCAGUCAGAAAGCUCUGAUGAAGUUACAGAGCUUGACCUUUCACAUGGGAAGAAGGAUGCUUUUGUCUUGGAGAUUGAUGACACAGAUGCAAUGGAAGAUGUACAUUCUUUACUGACAGAUGUUCCACCACCUUCUGGGUUCUACAGUUGCAACACAGAAAUUAUGCCUGGUAUAAAUAACUGGACACCAGAAAUUCAAAUGUUCACAGCAGUUAGAGUGUCCAGAUUAAGCAACAUUAACCCAACAAAUCAAACACUCAAUAAGAACUUUAAUGAUCUCUGUGAGAAUCUGCUGAAGAGUUUGUAUUUCAAGCUGCGCUCCAUGGUCCCCUGCUGCCUCUGCCACGUGAACUUCACUGUGGCUCUGCCAGAGGAUGAACUGGUUCAGAUUGCAGUCACAGCUGUUGCCAUUACAUAUGACAAAAACCAAGCACUACAAGCCAACAAAGCACCUACAGAAAAAUCACAGCAAAGAGCGUCUACAGACAAUGAAGAACAGCUCCAGUUUCCCUUGGAACUUUCCUCUGAUCCCCUUUCUUCUCAACCAUUCUCUCCAGCUAAAGAAGCCCUGGAGGGUGCAAGUUCCCACACAGGUAUUCCUGCUGCUCAGAGAGCAACGUCAGUUGAUUACAGUUCCUUUGCAGACAGAUGCAACAGCUGGAUAGAGCUCAUUAAACUGAAAGCUCAGACCAUAAGGCGCGGAUCAAUUAAGACAACUACUUCCCUUGAAAAAGCAAGUCCAUUGGCUGAGGGGUACUUGAGGCACCGUUCUGUCCAGCUGGGCACCAAUUCCACUGUCUCAGUUGUUAAGAUGACACCUCUUUCCUUCCUCCCUGGGGCGAAAAUAACCAAAUACCUUGGGAUAAUCAACAUGUUUUUUAUACGAGAAACCACUUCUUUGCGCGAGGAGGGUGGUGUCAGUGGUUUCCUGCACGCUUUCAUUGCUGAGGUGUUUGCCAUGGUGAGAGCCCACGUUGCAGCUCUGGGAGGGAAUGCAGUUGUGUCAUACAUAAUGAAGCAGUGUGUUUUCAUGGAGAACCCAAACAAAAAUCAGGCUCAGUGUCUGAUCAAUGUCAGUGGGGACGCUGUCAUCUUUGUGCGCGAGUCGGAGCUGGAGGUGCUGCCCGUGCAGGCUCCCGCCGCCGCCCCCCAGCCCACGGGCCCUGCUGGGGAUGUCACCACGUGAAGGCACAGCACCUGCCCUGCUCUGCUCAACACAAAGCUGGUUUCAAAUGGGGGAAUCUUUGGGUUUGCAUCUUCAAAGUCAGGGUCUCUCCAUGGAUCCACAGCCAAACUCCAGGACAAUCACUCUUUUUUUGUUGUCACAUAACUAAGUCAGAGCAGGAGCUGGCAGCUGAGCUCUGGUUCUUUAUUCCUGUUCUGGCCUCUGUGAAACCAGGCAGCAGGUGAAGCACUCACAGGAGAAUAGCAGGCAUCUCAUGGAACUGUGGAAGGAAGGAAAAAUUCUGUUCCAUUUUUGAGCUGUUCAGUGGGACCAGGAUAAGUUGUCAUCCAGAACCAUUUCUGAGUGUGAGUGUUGUCUGUCUGUCUCAGCUCAGGUCAGGGUGGGAGGGGGGUGCCUGAGAAGUCUGGGUUGGAAACCUUUGAUGAAGAAGGGAGAGAUUGGUGUGCAGGCCAAGGAAACGUGGGCUGGACUCUGAAAUUCCUUUCCAUCAUAGAGUGUGGAGAGAAAAAACAGUACCAAAAAGUUACAGUUUGAAUUUCUGCUCAUUGAAAGUAUUUUUUCUUAUUUUGUUGUUGUUUUUAUAUUUGGGAGCGUGGGGCUGUUGUUUGUUUCUUCAGUUGUUUUUUUAAAAGCUGCCAGACCACAAUGCUGUGAUCCUGAGCAUCCCUGUGGUGGGACAAAAAACCCCAGAACACAACAACAAGUUCCAGGGUGUGUCUGGUGCUAAUACAAGAUGUUCAUUUCAGUAUUGACAAAGCAGGUCUUUUCGUUAUUUAAGACUUUGGGCAAGAAUUUUGUCCUGAGGUUCAUUUUCCUAAGGCAGGAUCUGUUUCAAGGAUGACAUAAACAGUUCCCCAAAAAUCAGUUGUGCAGAGGUUAUCCUGCAGCCUCCUUCCUGUUUGAAUGCCUGGCUAAUUGGAGAUUGAUUUAUGUGUGUGACACUGGUUCCACUGGGGUCUUUUUGUUCUUUUCCAGUGCUGUAGCUGGGAAAUAAGGGUACUGCAAAGACAGGAAAUUUGUCAUUUCCACUAAAAGUCCGAAAGGUGAUGAUACUCUAUUGUAAAAAAAACCAAAAAAAACCCCAAAACAAAAAACCUUUGAUUUGAAGAUGCAUUCUUGCUUAAUUCUGACAACAUUGUACAUGGAACUUGAACAAAGAUGUAAACUUGAAUGUAAAUAUUCUGUUCAGAGUUGAAAUUAAGCAGUGGCAUGAUUAUUUGUUAAAACUAAUUAUUUCAUUGUAAAUGAGCAUGAAAAUCAUUCUUGCACAAUAAAUAUCUUUAUAAAA